CUAGUUUACAUCUACCUCCUGAGGGUAAUUUUUUUUAAUGUAGCUUUUUACUGAAUUCCUAUCCAUACACCUUCUACAAAUCAGGCUAAUAAAACAGUCUCUGGGAUUGCCCUCUCCUGUUCAAUAGUUGUUCCUGUCCUGAACAUGCAAAUGUUUUAUUUCUCUAGCAUUGCUUUCAUCAUGAGUUCCGAGUUAAAUGUCCCGGCGGAUCCUGCCACUCCUGCUUGCGGCUCUGAACCUGGCACAAAGGGCAUGGAUUAUCGGGACUGGGUCCGGCGUAGCUAUCUGGAAUUGGUCACUUCAAAUCAUCACUCGGUUCAGGCCCUCGCAUGGAGAAAACUGUACCUGAGUCGAGCCAAGCUCAAAGCGUCCAGCAGAACGUCUGCUUUGCUCUCUGGAUUUGCUAUGGUUGCCAUGGUGGAGGUGCAACUAGAGAUGCAGUAUCAGUACCCCCAAAUGCUGCUGAUUGCGUUCAGUGCCUGCACAACAGUGCUGGUAGCAGUUCAUCUCUUCGCCCUUCUCAUCAGCACCUGUAUACUACCUAACGUGGAAGCGGUGAGUAACAUUCACAACCUAAACUCCAUCAGCGAAUCCCCACACGAACGCAUGCAUGUCUACAUAGAGCUGGCCUGGGGUUUCUCCACAGUCUUGGGAAUCCUCCUUUUCCUCGCUGAGGUGGUGCUUCUGUGCUGGAUAAAAUUUCUGCCUGUGGACUCCAUUAUGAAAAACGAGACUACCGUCAUCCAAAAGCCCAGCGGCCAUGUGGGCUGGCAAGCGGCUCUGGUCUCCACCAUCAUCAUGGUCCCAGUGGGUCUGAUUUUUGUUGUUUUCACCAUUCACUUCUACCGUUCUCUGGUGCGGCACAAAACGGAGCGACAUAACCGGGAGAUUGAAGAACUUCACAAACUGAAAGUGCAAUUAGAUGGACAUGACAGAGGGUUGCAGGUAGUGUGACAGAGGAACAGGGAUCUGUUUCAAAGCAAAUCAUUUUGCUGAGGCGAAGAGCAAAAUAAAUAUUUUGCUAACAUGAGCAACCCAAACCAAUGAUGGAUUAUUUGGGGGUCUAACAAACUAAAAUGUGAAUUGCCUGAUUUAUAGGGCAAUGGGUUCUAGUGCUUUUCCAAACUAAUGGGAUGUCUGGCCUAUUUCUAGUCCUACACAAUUGUGUACUUAAGUUGAUACUGCCAUACAGUUAAAAACCAAAACUUUAUCUACUUUAACAUUAUGUUCUGGAGGGUGGUUUCCAAAUUGUUAUAUAUUAACAAUGCAACCUUCUUUGGCCAAGAGUGAAACUACUUGACACUUCAAAGAAAGCCACUGUUUCUGUAGGAUCUGUUUGUUUGGGUUAUUUUUAAGUGUCCGCGCUCUCUUGCUGGCUGUGCAGCAGCAAACUGACAAUGACUGUUUCCAGGGUUGAGGUGAUAAGUAGUGCUAUCAACUACAAAUCUGAGGACAUUCUGAAUGCGCUGCAGAACAUGGGUGUGUGUUACCUUUAUUAUAAAAUGGAUAUGACAGAAACUGCUCACUAGAAUGACGCAAGAGGUUAGAAAUCGGCAGUCUUAGUACAUAUGUCCUCCUUUUGCUAUCCUCUCUUGCUAGUGUCUAACCCUCUUUUAGAACAGGGGAGAGAGAAUUUCAGACUGGCAGGAGGCUGGGAAGCUCUGUUUUUGCCUGCUUCAGUAGUGUCCAUUCUUUUACAAUGAAUGCAUGCCAAGAUCUUCUAAUGUUACUGAUAAUGAAAGUUGGUGUGUUCAGGGAAGGCUUACAGGUAUUUUCAUUUUAACAACAAAGACAUUGUUAAAGCAGGAAACCACCUGGGAAUUUAAAAAGACCUGGCAUAGAAUUUCGAAGGACUAGAAAAGCAGAUUUAAAGGGGUGAGGAAAGAUAGCACAUAACACAGUGACAGAUUUCAGCUGUAUGCUUUCUUCAUUUGCUUUGUAUAUACUAGAAUGAUUCAUGUGUUUUGCUGGCCUGGUUUGCCACAGAGGGCUCGGAGUCCAGAUCCUGUGCCUUUCCCUUGUUUUGUGCUAGUUGUGCCUGAGAGCAUUCAGCAUUCUUACCUCUUAGGGAAGAAAGCAUCUUGCAUUUUCUCAAACAACCCAUACCCCUUGUGGCACAUGGAGCUGCAUUUUUGAGUUCAGGGUGAGCUGCAAACAGCCUUUGCUAUUCCAAAGGGAAAGCUGCGUGCAGUUAAAGUACUAUCACAUUUCACUUGUUGGCUGUAUUUCAGCAGUGGAGGAAGUGAUUCUUGUUUGUGCUUAUGUAGCUUAGUGAGUGAAACUUGUAAAGCGCUGUAGCAUCUUUCUGGGUGAAAGUAUUAAUAAAGUCCCAACUAAUUACAACUACUUCACGGGGAGGCAAAAUAUUCUUCUGCAAUCAGUAGCUUGAUUUUAGUUUUUAAAGGAAAAGUCAUACGUAUUUCAGCUACAGAAAUAUGUCAAAAUAUUUAAGCAAAAUGGUCCGGUCCUGUCUCAUCACGCUCCGUAAUCUGCAGGCUGCCGCCAGUGCUAAUUUCAGGCCUUACUCCCUUGCAUUCUAUAAUAGUUUUACAAUUUCUGCCAGUUCUUGAAUAUUUCUAAAAUAAUUGAAGAAGUUUGUAAUGUUCUAUUUAAUCCCCUCCCUUUAACCAGUGGUAUUUAGGAAAUAUGUCAGUGUACGAAGUCAGAUUCCCAGCAUGGAGUGUGUGUGAAAUAAUGCGUGCAGCAAGAUGAGAAUGUAGCUUUAAAUAUCUCUCUCUGACAAGUUCCUGGAAAGCCAACUCCAAUCCUUUUUUUCAUUUUAAUUCAGUCAUUCCUGGGCAAGCGGCUUAGCACGUGUCUGUUUUUUCAUCCGUUAUUCUUACCCUCAUCAACAUGGGCCAUGUUUACAUAGGACUACCUACUACUUUCCACAUACACAAUAUAAGGACCUUGUUCCUGUAAGGGGUAGUUUUAAAAUUCCUGCUAAAGCUCCUGAAUGUAAUUUCAGUGAGCUUCCAUACCAAAUGCUAAUACACUUCCUUAUAUGUAGUACCUCUAUCCUAAGGACCCCAACGUGUUUUGAAUGUCACACAGUAAUCUCUUCAUCCGUUAUUGAAAUGUAGCCACUAUUUGACAUUGCACAGGUACACCAUGCAAGUUUUAGGAUGGAACUUUAAUUCUGAUUGCAGUUGAAAUUGCUGGGAUAGUUUAGGUAGGUAGAAUAUAAUUACCUGAUGUGGAGGUUGGCUAGGACAUUAGGGUUGAAUUCUGUCCCACCUCACCCCUUUUCUCAUCUCACCACAGUAAAAAUUAGUAUUGACAUGUCAAAACCAGAUCAGGAUCACAGUAAUGAAAAUCAGAUUUUCAAAUGUAGUGGUAUGAAAUUUUUCACAACCUUAAGUGAAGUAGCUAGGUUGACUUAAGUUUUUGGUGUAGACCAGGCCUCAGGCUGUGCCUAAGUUUGUCCACUAGAGCAACGGUUCUCAACCAGGAGUCUGGGGCCCCCAGGGGGGCCGUGAGCAGGUUUGAGGAGGGCCGCCAAGCAGGGCUGCCAUUAGACUUGCUGGGGCCCAGGGCAGAAAGCCGAAGCCCCAAAACCCCGAGCCCCAUCACCCGGGGCUGAAGCUGAAGCCUGAGCAACUUAGUUUCAUGGGGCUACCUCCUAAUGCUGGUCCUGCCUUUUAUAUGCAGAAAAACAGUUGUUGUGGCACAAGUGGGCCAAGGAGUUUUUAUAGCAUAUUGGGAGUGGGAGGCCUCAGAAUGAAAAAGGUUGAGAACCCCUGCACUAGAGGCUGUCUCCUGCAGGCCAGUAGGAUGAUCUGGCCCUCCAGCUAAAUCAAAUCAUCCUCUGCCAUGGCAAAUAAAGUCAAAACAAGAACAAGCAAGAUUCAGGCCACAUCCCUGCCCAGUGUGUGUGUGGGCAUUAAUCUUUCCCCUGGCAUCAAUAGUUCUUUUACUGCUUGGCUGCAGGGGUCCACGACAGCCAGGCAUUCCUAGAUCCUCUCAUCAGCUUUUUGCCAUGGCUCCUCUCCAGCUCCUGCCCCAAGAGUAGUGGUUCCUUUUCUCUUUCUCCUGUGCCUCUUCAUCUUCCUCUAAUGUGUCUUCAUCCUCACCGCUCUCGCAUACAGACUCACUGACGUGUGUUCCUUAAAGGUUGCAUAUGGUGUCAGCCACAGCGACGGGAAUUGUAGUUGAUCCAAAAAAGGGUGUUUGGCAGCAUGGUGAAACUCAGCCGUUUCCCAAGCAAUGUCUGAAGCAGUAUGAGCUUGUUUUAAUUAGACUUUUGCUAAGGCUUCAUGGAGUUGAGCCCUAUCUUGGCCAGCUGGGCGUGUCUGAGCCACUAUGCCAAAAAUUCCAGCAGCUGCUGCUUGUCUUCGCACGAACAGGAUUUCCAGUAGUGAAGCUUGUAAGUGCCUUUUCUGUUUCCUUCCAUUACAUUCUCAGUUGUCUCAGUUUACCAGUUGUUGUCUUGCAUUUUCCCCCACUGCCUCUAGUCCCUCUAUUCCAGAUUUCACCCCUGGGACCUUCCUAUACUGUAGAGCAACAGUUUGUCUUCAACUCCCAACUGCUUGCUUCAUGAGGUCCUCUUGAGGUCCCUUCCAACCCUGAUAUUCUAUGAUUCCCAGGGCCACAUUCUGCUUAUAUCUAGCUCUGUUCAGGCUUUCUCCCUGGCUUCUUCCUGCAGUCUUCUACUGAGCCCCUCAUGGACUCUGCUCCUGAUUCUUUGCCGCAGGGAGCCACCAGUGGUUUCGCUGCAGAUCCCUGAUGACUGCUCUUCCCCAGGUCUUCUUCUGAGUCUUCUCAGGCAGUUCCUUCCGUGGCUCCCUUUUAGCAGGGAACCAUGGAGGCCCUGGCCCAAGCUAUCCCUGAUGAGCCUUCCCACCCAGCUGCUGCUCUUCUCAGGUCUGUCUCCCCUGCUGAGGGAAAGAAGCUACCUAUCUAGGUACUUAUAAGGCCCCUUCCCUUCAUAGUGUCGAGGCGCCUCUUAUUACUGAACAAGAUGACAAUGAUCUCUUCUCUUCUCUUUCACUGCCACCAGGUAUCAGGCUUAGAGUAUUUCUGAAAAGAAUGAAUUUGAGAAUAAGGGCACUAUUGUGGGAAAGUCUAGGGGAAGAGAUGGGUUUUAUACUUGGCUUUGAAUACAUUGAGGUUAGUGGCUGUUCUGACUUCUUCUGGAAGUGAGUUCCAUAUUUUUAGUCCAGACCCUGUCUCCCAUAGUUACAAACCUACACCUAUUGGUCGACAGUAUCAUUUCCCCAUGAAAACACAGUGGUUGGGAGGUCCUUAUCACACAGGGAGAUAUGUGGUCUCAGGGGUUUGGGACCAGUUCUGUGUAGGACUUUGAAAAUCAGGACUGUGACUUUUUGAACUGGACUGUCUUCUUUGGGAAGCCAGUGUUGAAAGCAGUGUGUUGGGGUAAGAACAUGAGCAUGGCCAUACUGGGUCAGACCAGAGUUCCAUCUAGCCCAGUAUCCUGUCUUCCGACAGUGGCCAAUGUCAGGUGCCUCAGAGGGAAUGAGCAGAACAGGUGAUCAAGUGAUCCAUCCCAUUUUUCCCAUUACCAGCUUCUGGCAAACAGAGGCUAGGGACACCAUCCCUAUCCAUCCUGGCUAAUAGCCAUUGAUGAACCUAUCCUCCAUGAAUUUAUCUAGGUUUUUUUUUGUUUUGUUUUUGUUUUUUGUUUGAACCUUGGUAUAUACUUGGCAUUCACAACAUUCUCUGGCAAAGAGUUCCACAAGUUGACUGUGCAUUGUGUGAAGAAAUACGUUAUUUUGUUUGUUUUAAGCCUCCUGCCUAUUAACUUCAUUUGGUGACCCCUAGUUCUUGCAUUACGAGAAGGAGUAAAUAACACUUGCUUAUUCACUUUCUCCACACUAGUCAUUAUUUUAUAGACCUCUAUCAUAUCCGCCCUUCGUCGUCUCUUUUCCAAACUGAACAGUCCCAAUCUUUUUAAUCUCUCCUCAUGUGGAAGACGUUUCAUACCCCUAAUCAUUUUUGUUGCCCUUUUCUGAACCUUUUCCUGUUCUAAUACAUCUUUUUUGAGAUGGGGCGAUCAUAUCAAGGUGUGGGCGUACCAUAGAUUUAUGUAGAGGCAAUAUCUUUUCUGUUGUCUUAUCUAUCCCUUUCCUAAUGAUUCCCAACAUUCUGUUCGCUUUUUUGACUGUGGCUGCACAUUGAAUGGGUGUUUUCAGAGAACUAUUCACAAUGACUCCAACAUGCACAUUUAAAUCGUUGCUGCCCCCAGAUAGGAGGGGGAAACAAUGCAAGCAGAUUUCGAGAAUCUAGAUCUUUCUUAGGGAAAUGAAGUUUACUCUAGAUAAUAAGAAAUAAUAAGUCUAAGGCCAAAGCUGGCUUAUGUAUGACAGAACAGUAGUCCAGACCAAAGAUUUGGGGAUCAUAAUAGGGAAAAGCUCUUAAAGGUACAGUGGACUUUGUUUUCAUCUCCUCAAUUGUUUCUUUGCAAGUACCUGACACAGUUAGGAUCGCUAAGCAGGUUAAUAUACGAUAAGAUGUGCUUUGGCUCUCUCUGAUGGGGACUUUUUGGAAAGAUUCGCAAAAUCCACUUACUGUCUUACUGAAAGCAGGGUGAAAAGCAAAAUUGUGUUUUUAAUUUAAAAAAAUGGCCCAGUGUACUGUAUUGUGCACAUGUGGAGUUUCUAACCAAACUAUUUUUGAACACGGCUACAAAAAAAAAUGGCUGGAGUCUGAAACUUGGCUGGGACAUAAAUCCUCCAAGGAUGUGUGCCUUUGUUUUGAGGAGGAAAGAGAUGAGACAUUGAAAAACUGAUUAAGGAAAAAAAUCACAUCUGAAUAUGCUCAUGGUGCAUCUGCUAAGAUUUUAGUAGAGCCUGUUGAAACUCCCUCCCUCUUCAACAUCACUUAAAUUCUCCCUGCUAGCAGAGGGCCCAGACAGGGACAUCAGCUGGUGCUAGGACUGUAAAUGUGUCAGUGGAGGAUUUUGCUGCAAGAAAAAGAUGAAAAGUGCAGGUGCAGAAAAGCAAAAAGCCCAUGAUUUCAGAGUGCCUCUGAUGCAAAUUACAGUGUAAACUGCAAGAAAACUGUUUCCAGCCCAAACAGUGACAGCCAUAAAGGUGAGAAUUCUCUCCCCUUCGGUACUGAAAUAGGUAUGGUCUUCAAAGCCAAAUUAAGGUAAGAAUGACAACACUGGGUCAGACCUAGCUCAGUAUCCUGUCUUACGAGAGAGGCUGGUGCCAGAUGCUUCAGAGGGAAUUAAUAGAACCGGACAAUUAUUGAGUGAUCCAUCCCCUGUCAUCCAUUCCCAGCUUCUUGCAAUCAGAUGCUUAGGGACAUCCAGAGCAUGGGGUUGCAUACCUGACAAUCUCUGAUAACAGCCAUUGAUGGAUCUAUUCUCCGUGAAUUUAUCUAACUUUUUUUUUUAAGAUAAUUUUCUUUUUAACCCAGUUAUACUUUUGGCCUUCACAACAUCCCCUGGCAAUGAGUUCCAUGGGUUGACUGUGUAUUGUUUGAAGAACUACUUCCUUUUGUUUGUUUUUAAACCUGCUGCCUAUUAAUUUCAUCAGGUGACCCCUGGUUCUCGUGUUAUGUGAAGGGACAAAUAACAUCCAUAACACAAGACUUAAAUAAACAAAUAAUUGUCAUUGUGCCUGGAGUGGGUCACGGCUAAAAAUGCCAAACUCAGGGAAGAUUGUCAGAAAAUAGGGCAGACCCCCGAAACUGGUGGUAUAUUCUACCAUUAGAUUUUACCAAGACAGUAAUAAAAUAUGCUCCUGGAGCAUUAUACUAAUUUUACAAGGGAGCCACAAACAAUUCCCUUAGGCAUUCCAGCCCCUUAUUACCGCCCGGACAAACCGGACUUCUGUGAUGUAAGGUUAUUAAAACGAAAAAAACACCACACAUUAGGUUCUACCCAGGUCAGUGGAUGCUCAGGACCUUAUAUGAGAAACAACUCUGUAGCCAAUCCUUAGUAAACUAACUAAAGAUUUAUUAAUUAAGAAAAGAAAUGCGUUAUUAAAAGGUUAAGACAUAUUACUGUUGGAUCAGAGAAUGUAGUCCAAAAUGUUAGCAGGGAUGUUAAAUUUGCUAGUUUCUUAUAAGUCUCUCUGGGUUGCCCAAAUAGCUUUGGGACCUCAGUCCUUUUGUUUAAAACUUCCCUGGUCAGAAUUCACCAUCCAGAGACUGGGUAGGAAAGAGGUGGCCAGGAGCCUUUGUUCUCUCCUUUUGUAUCUUGUUCUUGACGCUUUGGUUUUGCUGGAAAAAUCCUGGCUGUCUCAAGAGGUCAAGCAGUUCCAUGGCAUAAGUGCUUUGCCCUCAGUUCCUCAUAUGAAUUUCAAAUCUUUGCUUGCCCCUUUCUGCAUACAUGCCGUCUGAGGUGUCUUUACCCUUGUUUACAGUUUUUGUCAUUCUGAAGAGCUAAUCUGUGGGUGUUUCUCAAGCUCACACAUGUUUGAGUUACAAAUAUAUAUCAACAUUUCAUAACUUCAUAUACAACGAUGAUGCAUUCAAACAGGACAAUGAGUUUCAGCAAAUUAUGACUUUUUUAAAUGAUACCGUACAAGGCACACUUUGUACAAGAUUUAUUACAAUUUUGCAACAGCGGUGACCAUGUUAGUGUAAACGGCCACCUUCCUCUUUAGACUGCAUCACAAUAAUAAUAAGACAAAUACAAAUUAUUUGUCAGGAAAGGAAAGGCACCAGACAACAGUAAUGCAGCAUCACAGUUUUGAUCUUGCAAACAUUUGAAUAUCUUUAAGCACAUGAGUACGCUCGCUGAACUCGUCUGUAGUACUGGAAGGGUUGGGGCCUAAGGCUGCUCACUUAAAAUCACAAUCAAGAUACAGAGUUUUGGCAGGGAUAAAAACUCCAGAUGCAAGAUGGCGCCAAUCUGAUUCUUGGGGAUUUGGAUGAGACUUGCAUGGGGGCAGACCACAUCUGCUUACUAUGGGGUUCUGGCAUCUUCCUCUGAAGCAUCUGGUGGAGGUUCUGUCAGAGACAAGAUACAGAUGGACCUCAAGUCUGAUCCAGUCUAGUAAUUCCUAUGUUCCUAUGAUUAAGAUGUCUUAAACACCAUGGAUGAAUUAAGGUAUGGCAUGCAUUUUACAAUACGUGGUAGUAAGAUGUGGGAAGGUAGAAUGCACACCACCACAGAAUUAAUAUGCUUGACUUUGUGACUUUAGCAGUGUAUCCUUAGGCUCUGAUCCUUCAAUUUACAACACGCAGAUGGAUGCUGUGUCCGUGUGGAGCCAUAUUGAUGUCACUAGGGCUCCAUGAAAGCACAAUAGUCUGCCAUGCAAUGUAAAUUGCAGGACUGGAGCCUAAGCUCCUUGUCCAAUAUUUUUGUUUUGUAUUUCAGGACAUCCAUCCUCCUGUCUCCCUCCUCUCCUAUUUUAAAUUCUCAUGCCCUCAACAUUCCCCAUUUCAUACCUUCCCUAUCCUCCAAGCUUUGUACCACUGCCACAAGCCCCUCCCCUCCCAUUCCUUUCAGCCAGAGAAACAAAGAAACCAGUUCUAUCCCCCAAGUGCCAGCACAAUCAGGCCAGCCCAUUUAUUUUCUAAUUAACUUCUCACCAUCAAUCUCCUUUGUGUCCACUUCAAAGUUAAUACUCUAAAUCAUUUGAUAACCAUCUGAAUAUAGCAAACAUCUACAUUAAUAUCUGUACAUACCGUUCAAAGCUCACCUUUGCUUUGAUUCUAACAACUGAUAUCGAGAACAAAAUGUUGAAUAAUUUAAGUGCCAGGAGAAAACUUUUGAAGUCUGUGGGGCUAGUUCCUGUUCCAGUCUUGCUUUAUCUAUGCAUGGAGUAUUUUAUGGAAUACAUAUAUAUCCUAGACUGUAUCUAGAUGUGUGACUAAUAAAAACCCAUCCUAUGUGAAACUGGAUAAACAUUUUCUAAAGUAUAGUGGCCUUUACACUGUCAUGCUGUUUAAGACUAUAUUUUUGAAGGCUAGACUGAGUUAUCCAGUGUCCUGUAUGGACAAAGAAAAUAUAAUAGUACAUUAGGAUGUUGACUUAAUUUAAUUAAUUUGACCAAACGUGGUAGGCUCCCCCUUUCUAAAAUGUACAGGAUGCACGUCAACUUGAUACAUUUGAUUUUUGAGAAGGAUCCUGUUCUUGGAAUAUGUUUACAAGCACUAAUCUAGGUUAAGAAAAUAUACUGCUCUGAUAGGAGUUACUGUUGCAUUGAACUUUAAUAGUUUAAAUGUAUUACAUUAACUGCAUUAGCAAAGAAGACCAAAACUCUUCUUAGCGGCUACUAGUUACAGAUUAAAAACCUCUUUUCACAGAUCUCCACAAUAUCUGAUCAUCCGAAACAACUAUUAAUGUCUUUACAAUGCUGCCAUUCUGCCUUUUCAGGAGAGAACGUGCAUAUGCUUUUCACAAAUCAAAACAGAGCCACCCUGUGUGUUACUGAUGCAAUAGCAGCAUGAAAUGCCAGGCUUACAGAUAUUGCAUUCAGGAGCUCCUUAAACAGGUGCCCAUGUCAGUGUGUACCUAGGAAAAGUAUGCACUAAGAUGCAGCAAGAAGCAAACAGUGACCAAAUUAAACUUCAGCCUCUCUAAAAUACAUAGUGUAAAACCCUUUAGUUUGUAGUUCAGAAUAUAAUAACAUUAGUUCAUUCAGAGUCUCUCUAGUCUGUUUUCCUCAGGGCAGGGACUGUCUUCAUUUAGAUUGUACAGGGCUGAAAACACAGCCAAUAAACACAUGGCAAAAUGUGAGCCAAAAUAUGUAUUACAAUUUAUCUCCUUGUUAUGGAGUUAGGUUCUCCAUGAAACCAUUUGGUAUCCUACCUUGAGAUUAAAACAACGGGCAUAUGUAGUAUUUUAGCAGUGGAGUGAGAGCACAGAGCGUAAGUUAAAGGAAGAAUGGUUAAUGACUGAAAUAUAAGGACCAAACACUAAUUUAAAUAUUCUGUCUACUGUCGCUUAGUAAGCGAAGAGCAUAUUACUGCAGAGGCUAAAUGCUAACAGCAAACAGGAUGAUUUAGGACCAUGGAUCCAAAGUAUUGUUACAUAUACAACUAUGGUACUCUAGGCUUCCUAACUUACUGAACCGUUGUACAGCGCUCCAGGAUUCUGCCACUACCUUCCUUCCAGUCAAUGGGACAUGCACUGAAUUGAGAUGGAGUUGGGAGCACCCCAAGACUCCUCUUGUGAUGGAGCACGCUAUGCAACUGAGAAGUAGGUGCUAGCAGUACAGGAGAGGUUAGAAUGAACCGGUACAUUUACCAGAAAAAGUUGAGGGGACCUUUAGCUUAAGAGCACAAGUUACACACACAAUCCUGCUUUCUGAUUGGACCAAAAAGGUUAUAGCCUAUGGGAGAGGUGGCGUGUUUUUUUUUAAAUAAACGACGUGGCUGUAGUGAACAAGUCUCAUGCAUGUUGCAUUUUUACAGUAGUAUCGGGCACAAAGAAUUGUCCUGCUGUGACAGUAUGUUGUUCCCUGCAGAGAGAGGGAAUGCUUUAACUGUGUGAAGCAAAUGCUUUGCUGUCAGCAAAUCUGAAUAGCAGCUCAUGCUUUCGAAGCUUAUGCGGGAGUCACGGGUGUGACACGAUGUACAUUUAAUACUUGCUAAUCGAUGUAAUAUGUUGCUAUUUGUGUAUUUGCAUUUAAAUAUUUGACUAAACUGAAACUGGUUCAUUUUGUCUGCAACUAUGAACAGACCCGUGUUUGUGUAUGUAAAACUCAAUGUGAUUAAAAUAUCAGAUAACUCAA